AUGCGUCUUCUUUCUUUCUUGGGAAUUGCCGGCCUAGCUGCUGCAACCAGCACUGCCAUUCCGACAGCCACGGCUACGUCCACAUCCACGUCCUCGUCUAGCUCCACCGCUUCCUCAACUUCUUCCACUUCCAUAACCGUUGUUGCCGUUGCAACUGACGGCAGUGCCCAGUUUACGGCUAUCGGCGACGCAAUUUUGUACGCUCAGAGCCAUGGGAUCCCAACGGUCACUGUCUCUGCUGGUACCUAUACCCAGGCAGUUACCAUCUCAGCAACACCGACAGUCACUGUUCUCGGUCAAAGCAACAAUGAAGAUGACUACUCCCAGAAUGAGGUCACCAUCACCAAUGCCGGCGUUGUCCUGACUGUGAAUAACAACGUUCAACAAGUGGCCUUCAAGAAUAUUAAUUUCCUGAAUACGGGCACAUCCGCAAUGGUUCUGAAAGGAAACAAAUAUGCUUUCUAUGAUUGCCAAAUCGUUUCGGCCGGAGCGCUGGGAAUCACUGCUAGCGUUGGUCUCGGUGUUGUUGCAAACUCCUAUAUCGAGGCCCUUGACAAGGUCAUCUACGGAGGCGCGAGUAUCUAUGUUUACAACACCGAAAUCGUGCCCGUCGAUAGUUCCGCGCUUGUGGCCUACAUGAAAGGCACUACCUCUACAUCGUCAAUUCUUUAUAACUCGACGGUUGUGUUCGACCAUGUCACAGUGACCCAGAAGUCGGGGGCAUCCAACAAGAACGUCUUUCUGGCCUCUGCUAAUGGCGCGGGAAUGGUUGUUGUUUACCGAAACUCCGUGUUGGGCAGUUUUAUUGCUGCCUCUGGCGCUCAUGUUGACACCACAACCCAAGAUGGAGUAAACUUGAUCGCGGAGUACUCCAACACUGGAGCAGGAGCUUAUUCAAGCAAUGUUGCGACUCGAUCGCAAUAUGUCUCUCUCUUGGAUGCAUCUGAGUUGUCGGAUUACAGCGUCGCUGCUGUUUUUGCUGCCGCCUACCCUACCUAUGCUUCCUCAGACACCACUUGGGUUGACUCUUCCGUUCUGGCCGCCAUCGAGAGCGCAGAUGUCAUCACCACAACUUCGAUUGCUUCAGCUGCCACCUCUGCCACAACUGCAACUUCUUCUGCUACCACCACUUCUGCCGCUACUGCCACAUCUACAUAUGUCGUGGACCCGACCUCGGGUCCGUAUAAAAACGUCACCGCUGCUAUUGCGGCCCUUCCCAGUGACGGAAACGAGUACACGAUUUACGUCAAGAGCGGCACAUACACUGAACAGAUUUCCAUCACUCGCACUGGAAAGACCAUUCUUCGUGGUGAAACUGCAUUUGAGAACGACUAUACCCAAAACACCGUCACCAUCGAGGUCUCAAACGGACAACUGACCAGCGCUGGUGAAGAUGAGACUACUCCCGUUAUAAACGCCAAGAACAGCGAUGGCAAGGGAUUGGCUAUUUACAACAUCGAUUUCAAGAACACUUAUCCCCAAACCUCCAACACCGCUGCUCUCGCUGCUGAUUUCUACGGCACGGUUCAAGCGUACGGAUGCUCUUUUAUCGGAUAUCAAGACACCCUUCUGGCCAACAAAGGCACCCAGGUGUUCUCGAACUGUUACAUUGAAGGCUCCGUCGAUUACAUUUGGGGAUUUUCGACUGCAUACUUUUUCCAGUCUGUCAUCGCGGCCAACACUGCGGGCGCAAGUAUCGCUGCUAUGAGUCGUUCCUCAGCCACUGCCACAGGUGGUUACGUGUUCGACAAGUGUGUUGUCACCUACACGUCUACCUACGGUACUACUUACCAGGACACCUGGCUCGGAAGACCUUACUCCGAAUACAGUCGUGUUGUCUACAUGAACUCAUACCUGGACAAGCAUAUCAAUCCUGCUGGCUGGCACAUCUGGUCAACGAGCGCCCCUCAAACCGACUAUGUUACAUUUGGAGAGUUUAACAACACUGGACCGAGCAGCUGGUCUAACAGCCGUGCUUCGUUUGCCACAAACUUGACUGAGACUGAGGCCGAGGCUUACACCUUGUCCAACUGGAUUGGUUCCACCUCUUGGCUCGAUAUGGAUGCUUAUAGCUUCGUUCCAUCUUAUGAUCUGACUGGAGGGGCUAGUGCGACGGCUACGUCCACCGCAUCUAGCACCACCUCAAUCUCAACUUCCACUUCUACAGCAGUAGCUACCUGGACUCAUCCCACGAGUGGUACCACUCCUCCCACUGGUGCUGUCCUAGUCAGUGUCGGUGGAACCAUUGAUGGCUCCUAUAGUAACUUGACUGAUGCUCUGGCCUCACUUCCGGACGAUACCACCACUCAAGUGAUCUUCAUGUAUGCUGGAACUUAUGAUGAGCAAGUCCCUUCCAUUGACAGAGACGGGCCUGUCAUGAUCAUCGGUUACACCACUGGAAAUCCCGGCCAGAGCUAUGCUGAUAACGAGGUUACCAUCACCUUCUCUCGUGGCCUUUCUGUCUCUCCUUUGCCAACCGGCCACUCUGAUGCCGAAACUGCAACUGUCGCUACUGCCUCGACCAAGAUCGCAUUUUACAACGUGAACAUCAUCAAUUCGGACAAUCUUGAUGGUUCGGAAUCAUCUUACGUGACUCUGGCUGCCUCAAUCUAUGGAAACCACAUCGCAUUCUACGCUGUUUAUUUCCAAGGUUGGCAGGAUACCCUCCUCACUGGAAGCACCACUGGCUACCAGUAUUACGAGUCUUCGUACAUCGAGGGUGCAAUUGACUUUAUUUGGGGUUACUCGAAGGCCUACUUCAAGGGCUGCACAAUCGGAGCCAAGCGGGCCAAGUCGGCAAUCACAGCACACAGCAGAGCCUCGUUGAGUGCUAUUGGAGGAUAUAUCUUUGACCAGACUUUAUUCACUGCCGCAGCCGAUGCUACCGUUGACCUAACGGAGACUGUGUAUCUUGGUCGCCCUUACUCCGAGUAUGCUCUUGUCGUGAUCAAAAACUCCUAUAUGACUGAUGUUAUCAACCCCUCUGGAUGGAAGGUCUGGUCGACUGCGGACCCUCGUACCGCUUAUAUCACAUUCGCUGAGUUCAACAACUCGGGUCCCGGAAAUUGGGAAAACAAUGAGGCUGCCCGUGAGGCUUUCGGUUACGCCACUCUUCUCACAGAGGACAGUUACUCUCUGGAAAGUGUCAUGGAUUCCACAGACUGGAUUGAUAUGACUUACUGGGACUCCAUCGAUACUCCCACCUCCGUCUUGGGGAUAUCGACAACGACUGCCACUGCCACAUCCUCUGCUACUGCGACUGCGACUGCGGCAUACGAUGGAACAACGCCACCCAGUGGAGCGUACAUUGUCUCGAAGACCAGCCUUGGAACCAACACAACCACAUACGAUACCAUCCAGAGCGCCCUUGAUGCCAUUCCAACUUCAUCUAAGAUCACUCCCACUAUUUUCAUCUACCCUGGAACCUACGAGGAACAGCUUGUCAUCAGCAAGUCUGGGACCGUAAUCUUGGUUGGCUAUUCGGAAUCCACUUACGAUUACUCUAGCAACCAGGUCACUAUCCAGUACAAUCAUGGUGUCGAUACUCAAGCAGAUGAAUCCAACUCAGACAGUGCAACUGUUUAUGCUACUGGAAAUUACUUUGAGGCUAUCAACAUCAAUUUCGUGAAUAAUAAUGGCACGGAAAAGGAUAUCGCAUCUCUGGGUUUUGCUGUGAAGUCGAGCAAGUAUGCUAGUCUCUACGGCUGCCAAGUAACAGGAAACCAGGAUGCGCUGUUGAUCAACGGCUACUUGUGGAUGUCGAACGGAUAUGUGGAGGGAAAUAUCGAUAUGAUUUGGGGAAGUGGAUCUGGCUAUUUCCUCAACACAACAAUAUCGCCCAAUGAGGAUAGCAUCAACCUCACCGCAGACAAGCGUGCUACCAGUACAACUGCUGGAGGUUUCGUUUUCGAUCAAUGUACCAUCGUUCCUUCGACCGGUGCAGGAUCUAUGUCUAAGAUCUCUCUCGGACGGCCUUGGAAUUCCUACGCUCGAGUUGCUUACAUCGAGUCUUACCUUGACUCUUGUGUUGAGUCUGCUGGCUGGAAUGAAUGGUCUUCUUCGAGCCCACAAACCGAUGGUGUCACCUUUGCAGAAUAUGGUAACAUUGGUCCGGGUUCGAGUACCUCUGGUCGUGCUUCUUUUUCCACACAGCUCAACGAUACCGGAGCUGCUCAGUUUGAACUGGAUAACUUCUUCGCCACAACCUCCUGGAUUGAUCUAACUCAUGUUGAUGGUGAACCAUUCGUUGCGGAUAUUGUUACUAGUACAAUCGAUGUUGUGGUUACAACCACUUCAGAUAUUCUAUCCACAAUAACACCGACUGACAAGACUUCGACUGUCAAGUCCACCGUCACUCUGACAAUCACACCCGAUGUUGUUUCAAAGACUACAACGGCAAAGUCAACUAUUACUACUACAGAGACUGUGACUGAGCCGACUAAAACAUCCACAAAGACCUCGGUCGUGACAGUUGACGUGGGCUCAACGGUUACACCCGAUGCAAAGACAGUUACCACAACUAAUAAGUCCACAACCACGGACACUGUCACCGUCACUGGAAAGGCCACCACGACAACUGUGAAGAGCACAAUGACCACAACUUCAACAAUCACUGCUAAAGCUUCCACCAAGACCGUCACAGAAACCGCGACAGUUACUAGUGUGAAAACCACAAGCGCCAAGGCUGGGAAAACAACUUCCACCAAAUACGUGACCAUCGGCACUGGAGGUACAACGACCAUCAGCACAAAGGCAACCACUUCAACUGUUACUUCCACUUCCACAAAGACAUCCACCAAGACCGUCACAACAACGGUAAGCUGUGAUGCUGCCACAAAGAAGAUGAAGCGUGACCUUUCUCCGCGGGGUGUCACGGAUGUCGUGACUGUUUAUGUCACGGAUGUCGAUGUUGUCACAAAGACUGUUACCACAACAUUGCCAGUCGUGACCGAUUACAUUACUUCAAUUGCCACAAAGACAACAUCGAUUCAUGCGUCCACUGUUACGGAGACUGUGACAUCUCUGGCUACCAAGGUCUCAAGUACCACAAUCCCAGCCGUGACCUUGACCAUCACCAUUGUUGAGACAACAUCGGUGGGCAAGACCACCACUCUGAAGGCAUCUACCGUCACCAGCACCGUUACAAGUGCAGUUGAGAAAAUUUCGACAGUGACUGCUCCUGGUGAGACUGUGAAAACUACGAGUGUCAAGAGCACAACAGUUAAAAGCACGCUUUCGCUCCCUGCCUCCACCACGACGACCACUAAGACGACUACCAUCAAGAGCACUACCACUCUUCCCGCCUCUACCAGCACCAUUAUCAAGACAUCCACUGUGACCAACAGUCCCUCUGUCACCAUCACGGAGCGUGCUACUUCUACUUCCACCAAGGUUGUAAGCACAACGUCGACUCAUACCGUGACUGCGACAAAGACGGCCAAGUGCUCCUGA